GUCAGCAAAUCAAAGGCAUAUUCCUCUUCUUCUCAUAAGCCUUUUUUUCCACAUUCAGAUUCAAGAGCCAUGGCGAUCAAGAAGCUCCUUUUCGCGUCACUUCUAAUAUGCUCCAUGAUCCAAUCCAGUCAUGGUGCUACCAAAGAGAGACUAUUCACUGACCUGGAGAAAGGUUCACUUGAGAUCACCGCUACACCCAGCCGAACUGGAGAAGGUGUCGUUUUGGCUGCUGGAAUUGAUAAGUUGAGCAUUACAUGGAAAGUAAGCUCGACGGCUACAAAGGAGCCUGAAUUUAAGACAAUUAAAGUAAAGCUAUGCUACGCUCCGGUCAGCCAAGUGGACCGACCAUGGCGCAAGACCCAUAAUGAGCUCUUCAAGGACAAGAGCUGCCCACACAAGAUCUCUUCAUUUUCCUAUGACCCCACUGUCAAAACCGCUCAAUCAUUCGACUAUACCCUCGAGCGCGACAUCCCUACAGGGACCUACUACGUUCGUGCCUACGCAGUUGAUGCCAUUGACCAUGAAGUUGCCUUUGGACAGAGCACAAACGAGGCCAAGACAACCAAUCUCUUCAGCGUUCAGGCUAUUAGUGGCCGCCACAAAUCCUUAGAUAUUGCCUCUGUCUGUUUCAGCGUCUUCUCCGUCGUGGCUCUGGUCGUCUUCUUUGUGAACGAAAAGAGGAAGGCCAAGAUAGAGCAAAGCAAGUGAGUCACGUUAGCGUAAUUGUGAUAUUGAACAAAAAGGCGUUGACUUUAAAUUUUCUUUUUCUAUCAUUGCUUUUGUUUUGUUGCGUACUUUUUUUUUUUUGCUAAAACAAGCUUACUUCUUACUUCUUCUUUCUUUUUUUUCUUUCCUUUGUACCUUUACUUACGUGUUUGCAUCGUUAUAUAAGUCAAUUCAUAUGGGACCAAAAAGAAACUAAUCCUACGGUGGUGA